AUGCAUUUUUCAGAACUAUCAGAUAAAUAUGAAGGAAUGCAUAAUUACCAAGUUGACAAAUCUGAAACGAUGAAAAAAUCAGAAUACAAAAUCGGUACUGAAGUUCAAGAGCCCCAAAGAGAAAUUACGAUAAGAGAAUUAGCAAGUGAAGAACUUGAACAGCUAAAAUCAAAGCUUGACAGUAAUAUACAAAAAGUAGACAUUACAGCAUUUCCAAACAGUAAGGAGCAAUUUACAAAACAAUUAAUGCAGUCUCAACCACCACCACCAAGAAAUGACAAUGCUCAACCAAACAGCAGACGUGGAAGUAGACAACGUCAAGAAGAGAUGAGACUGCCUCUUGAUGAUGGAUGGAACACAGUAGCAUCAAAAUCUUUAAGAAUAGAUGCCAGCAAGAUGAGACUUUCCAAGAAUGUUGUUGAUGAGAAUAGUAUUCAGCUUGGUCCUGGUGGCGGAACCAAUAAAUUCUCUAUGUGGAGUAGAGGUAGUUAUGGUGGUGCUCAACCAUCAACAGAUGAUAGACCAGCUCCUGCAACUAAUCGAUUUUCAUUACUACGUGGCGAGGAAGACCGCAGAAACUUUCAGAGAUCUCCUUCUCGUGGUGAUAGUGUUUCUAAAAGUACCAUUAUAGGUGGAAAGAUUGUUGAAAUGUAGUUGAAAAUGUUGGAUAUAUAGUUAUAUAGCAAUGACUAUUUUCCUGACAUCUACAUGUAAUAAAGUGAAUUAAG